AUGAAUAAUAACGAAAAUCAAAAGAAUGAGAUUAUCACAUUAACAAAAGAUAACACUGCUACUACUACUACUAGUAGUACUACGUAUAAAAAUAAUAAUAAUAAUAUUAUUAUGGAUGAACAAGAACAAUGUUGUUAUUAUAUUUAUGUAAACAAUAUUUCGUAUGGUCCAUAUUUAGUAGAUCAAGUUAUUCAAAUGCUGAAUGAAAAAAGAAUAAACUCAAUGACACUCAUAUUUAAAAAUGGAGAUAAUAAUUGGAAAUAUCUAUAUAAUGAUGAUAUAUUAAAAAAAUAUAUUUGUAAUAAUAAUAUGUUGGACACUUCAUAUUUAGAAAAUAUUAAAAGUGAUCAAGUUCAAAAUAAAAUUAACGAGCAAAAUCAAAAUGAUAAUAAAACCCAAAACAAUAAAGAUGUUACACAUAAAAGUAAUUUGGAACAUUCAAAAAUAAAUGAACAUGAUCAGUACACAAAAAAUCAUAAUAACCACAGUAAUCAAUUUAUCACUAAUCAAGAAGAUGAAUUGGAAAGAAUAAGAAAAAGAGAAAAGAAAAAAAGAUACCUUGAAAGAAAAAAAGAAAAAAUCGAAAAAGGUUUAUGUGAUAAAAAAAUUAAAAAUAGUUCUAUAUAUAUUACAGGAUUACCUAAUGACGUAGUAAAAGAAGAAAUUUAUGAAGUCUUUAAAAAAGCUGGAAUAAUUAAAAUUGAUACAGAACGUAAUGAACCACAAAUUAAAAUAUACUAUGAUGAUAAUAAUAAUAUAAAAGGAGAUGCUCUAGUUACUUAUGUAUAUACACAAAGUGUAGACAUGGCCAUCAAAUAUUUUGAUAAUUUUCUCUUUAGACAAAAUUGCAUAAUUCAUGUAGAAAAAGCACAAUUCAAUAAUAAAAAAAAACAAGUUAUUAAAAUAUCCAAAGAAGAAAUAUUAAAAAAAAAAAAAAAAAUUAAAGCCGCAAAAUUGGAACAACUCAGGUUACAAAGAGGAGGAGAAGUAUAUACAGGAACAAAAAAAAAAAUUGUAGUUUUUAGAAACGUUUUCUCAUAUGAAGAUGCAAUGAAAUAUGACGAAGGAGAUUCUUUUUAUGAAUUUAUAAAAAAUAUGCUUGAAAUGGAAAUUAAAAAAUAUGUGCCAGUUCAUAAAGUGUAUCCAAUACCAAAACAUCCCCAUGGAAUAGUAUGUGUUAAAUUCAAAGGUGUAGAAGAAGCAGAAACUGUCGUUUCGUGCUUUAAUGAUAUUGAACUGAACGGGAAAAAAUUGGAGGUUUAUUUUUAUGAUGGAAAGCAAGACUUCAAAUCACAGUGUUUAUCUCCUAAGAAUAAAGAAAAAUACGAUUUACAAAAUGUGAACAGUAAUGAAGACUUAAAUGAGGACACAAAAGAUGACAAGGAUCCACAAACUUUAUUUAAUCCUAAUUUGAAAUCUUUUCAUGAAUGGAUUGAUAACCAAAGUGAAGAUGAAGAACACGAAAUUAUGGUUGAAUAA